AUGUAUACAAGUGGAAAAUGUUUUCUCUUUGGAUUAAUUGCAAUAAUACUUCCACCUCUUCCAAUAUUAAUAAUGAGAAAAUUUAAAAAAGAGUUUUGGAUUAGUUUAGUUCUUUGUUUAUUACUUUGGGUACCAGGUAUUAUUUAUGCAGAGUAUUAUAUUUGUAAUCAUUUUAGAACAUAUGCAAUUACUCAUUUUGAUUUCUAA